CAUCUUCGUAAGUGUUCCGUUCUCGUUUGUUGUUUAGAGCAUAAGUUCAUUUGUAGUCGAGCUUUACCAACAACAGAUAUUAUAUAUACAGUUUCUCGAUUAGAAUAUCCCAUGUUUAAUUCAAUGAAAAAGUGUUCAAUUCCUGUUUGUUCAUUAGAUUAUAAGUAUAUUUGCACACGUUCAUUAGCUAUACCAGACAUUAAAUACACCAUUCAUCAGAAGCGGGAAAAGAGACCCGCCGCUGUCACAUCAUCACAUUCUUCAUCGUGUUCCCCUAAACUUUUCGGAGAGCAUUUUUCAACUGUUCCCACAAAGAGGGAAGAAAUUGUCCCUUCCACCGAUGCUUUAUUGCCAGGAACUAAAAAAUACUGGAGGCAGAAGUGGAACAAGGAAAAGCUUCCCCUCAAAAAACGUAUAUAUACACCUGGAUCAGAGACAAGAGCCUCCAUUUUACGAGUUCCACCUCAAGAUUUCAUGGAAGCUAACAGUCUCCGGAAAGCAGAGGAAGCUGAAAAGGUUCGAAAGCAAGGGGAGAGGGACCUUGUGAAAUGGAAGCAAUAUAUAGCCAGAUGUAAGCGUGGGAAUUAGUUGAAAUUCGCUCUCCUUCCCUUUUUCUGUUCCCCGGCUUUUUUCUUUUUUCAAAUGACCACUGACAUUUUGAGAGUAUACAAGCUCAAAUAAUC